CGAUUGGCUGCCGGGUAGGCGGCUGAGUGCUGGGCAUGGCGGUGCUGCCGUCGCCCUUACGCUGAGGAGUGGCUGCGGCGGCAGUGGGUUCGGUGCUGCCCGGAGCCGGUGGGCGCCGCCGCCAUGCUGUGCCAUGGGGAGGGCCUGCUGAGCUCGCUUACGGCGCUGCUGGGGGCGGCCCUGGCGCUGAGCCGCAGCCCGGCGCUGGCCUGCCUGCUGACGGCCGGCUUCUACCUGGUGCUGCACCUCUUCAGCCUGGAGCCCGCCGCGCCUCAGAGCGCCCAGCGCGUCCUGCGGCCCCGCGGCGCCGCCGCCCGCAUCGCCCACCGCGGCGGCGCGCACGACGCGCCCGAGAACACGCUGGCAGCCAUCCGACAGGCAGCUGAGAAUGGAGCAACAGGUGUUGAGCUGGAUGUUGAGUUCACUGCAGAUGGUGUUCCCAUCCUCAUGCAUGACGACACGGUAGAGAGGACAACUGAUGGCUCUGGACGACUGCGGGACUUGACCUUUGAGGACAUUAGGAAGCUUAAUGCAGCUGCGAAACAUCGCCUGUGGAGCAAAUUCCAGGGUGAAAAGGUGCCAACUCUGAGAGAAGCUGUCGUGGAGUCUCUGCAGCACAACCUUACCAUCUACUUCGAUGUCAAAGGCCAUGCAAAUCAGGCAGUGGAGGCCCUGCGACAGCUCUACCUGGAGUUCCCGCGGUUGUACAACAGCAGUGUGGUCUGCUCCUUCAUGCCAGAUGUUGUGUAUAAGAUGAGGCAGGCUGACAGGAGGGUGGUGACAGCUCUAACGUACAGGCCGUGGCAGCUGAGCCACCUCGGCGACGGGACGCCCCGCUUCGGUGCCGCCUGGAAGCAUUACCUCUACGUGGUGCUGGAUGUGGUCCUCGACUGGAGCCUCCACAGCUUCUUGUGGCGGUUCUGUGGCGUUUCAGCUUUCCUCAUACAGAAAAACUUUGUUUCUCAAGACUACGUCAGGCACUGGGCUUCCAAAGGGAUUCAAGUGGUUGCCUGGACAGUGAACUCGUUUGCGGAGAAGAGCUACUAUGAAACGGUCCUGGAAUCCAGCUACAUCACAGACAGCCUGGUGGAAGACUGUGAUCCUCAUUACUAGGCACCACCAUCAGUCAGCUCUCUGUGGCUCAGGCCCCACCACUGAAGAAGCCACUGGUGCAGGCAGUGGAAAGGAAGGGCUGCAGUGUAAUUCUGCUGCAGGAUUAGAUCUCGCACGUAGGGAUGCCCUCGGUCACGGCGCUGGAGAAAGCCAGGGCACAGCCACUGGCAGUCUGGGGCGGCGCGGGACCGGGGCGCGGUCUGCCAGGCUAGCUGGGCAGUGCCUUCUCUUUACUUUUGUUCAGAUCUGGGUUAUAAAGUCCUGUCAGCAAUUUUUGGUGGCAAGAUGGGAAAUCAUUUUACUAAUUUAAAGGGUGUGUUCUAUGGCUGAUAAUUUGAGGUUGAUUUAUGGCACCUUAGAAGCAGGCACAUUACUGUUAACAGAGCCUGAAAAGUAGUUGAGUGCAUGUCCCUCCUACAGCAAGGGAAGCUGCCUGCGCUGCCUCCUGGCACUGACGUGGAAGUCAUCUUUCCAUGGUCAAGGUGAAGAGUAAAGCACUGGGUAUCUUCUUGUCUUCCAGCCUUUGUGAAAGCACCCAGGUAGGACAGAAAGCUCUGUCUGCUGCUGAUCCAGCACAGGAAUCUGUUCAUUUUGGAAAAGGAAAGCUACAUUUUGAGUGCUGAUCGGGGUAGGAAAAACGGAGCUGGAAUGCCUUUUUGUUUUGCUUCGGGUUUGUGUGACUGAAGAGUGCUCACAGGGGCACAAGGGAGACUAACCCAGAGUCACCUUGAAAUGGAGAGAGUCUGCACUUUGAAUAAAGAGGUGUGUGACAGCU